AUGUCUGGUCGUGGAAAAGGUGGAAAAGUCAACUCUAAGGCUAAGAGCAUGUCUUCUAGAGCCGGUUUACAAUUUCCAGUCGGCAGAAAUCACAGGCUUCUCAGGAAAGGAAACUACGCCGAACGAGUUGGAGCUGGUGCACCAGUUUAUUUGGCCGCGUUGUUGGAAUACCUUGCCGCCGAAAAUCUAGAAUUGGCGGUCAAUGCCGCCAGAGACAAUACAAAAGCCAGGAUUAUUCCUCGGCAUUUGCAGCUGGCCAUCCGAAACGACGAAGAGCUCAACAAGCUUCUUUCCGGCGUGACGAUUUCACAGGGUGGUGUGUUGCCCAAAAUUCAGGCUGUCUUGUUGCCUAAGAAAACCGGGGAAGCGAAGACCAAGGGUGGUUCGAAAGCGUCCUCUCAGAGCCAUGAAUAUUGA